CACCCUUUGGCCUCCAUCUUUCCCCCGGCCCUGGGCCUGCCGGCCUGGUUGCUAGGCGGAAGCGGGGCGCGGCGGAUGCCGCGGCGGCUGCCCGGGCGUUUGAAAAGCUGCAACGCAGGCGGCAAAAGGUUUUCCGGCGGCGGGCUCGCCUCUCCCUGCAGACGGGCCGGGUGGCCGAGCAACCUUUGCCUUUGCUUUCAGUCCGGGCAGGGCGAGGGCUGGGCUGGCGGCCCGGGGCCGGGUUGCCCGGAGCGCUGCAGGCGGCGGCAGGCCCGGGCCGCGGAGCGGGGUCCCGAGGUCGGGAGCCCCGGGCGGGCGGUGGGAGCCCCGCCGGGAGCCCUGCUGGUGGUCGCGGGCCUGCCGCAUCUCACCCGGGUCCUUCUUCCCCCAAGCAGACCCCGCCUGCGGGUCGCGCAGCGCGACCAUGGUCUCCAAGUCCGACCAACUGCUCAUCGUCGUGUCCAUCCUAGAAGGUCGCCAUUUCCCCAAGCGUCCAAAGCAUCUGCUUGUAGUGGAGGCAAAGUUUGAUGGAGAGCAGUUGGCUACUGACCCUGUGGGGCACACGGACCAGCCAGAAUUUGCUACCGAGUUAGCCUGGGAGAUCGACAGGAAAGCCCUCCAUCAGCACAGGUUGCAGCGUACGCCUAUCAAACUGCAGUGUUUUGCCUUGGAUCCUGUAUCUUCAGCCAAGGAGACUAUAGGUUACAUUGUUCUAGACUUAAGAACUGCUCAAGAAACAAAGCAGGCUCCAAAAUGGUACCAGUUGUUGAGCAAUAAAUACACCAAGUUCAAGACUGAGAUACAGAUAGGCAUUGCUUUGGAAACAGAUACAAAGGCCCCAGUGGAUAGUUUUAAAGCCAAAGGAGCCCCCCCUCGAGAUGGAAAAGUACCUGCCAGCCUGUCUGGACUUGACCCCAAGGACAUUGUGGUGGUGCUAAAUGAGGAGGGAGGCUACCAUCAGAUCGGCCCAGCAGAGUACUGCUCUGACUUCUUCAUUAUGUCGGUGACCAUAGCCUUCGCCACCCAGUUGGAGCAGUUAAUUCCAUGUACCAUGAAGCUUCCAGAAAGACAGCCUGAAUUUUUCUUUUACUAUUCUUUGCUGGGAAAUGAUGUUACAAAUGAACCCUUCAAUGAUUUAAUCAACCCAAACUUUGAGCCAGAGAGAGCAUCAGUUCGAAUACGUAGCAGCAUAGAAAUUCUUCGUGUUUACCUGGCUCUUCAGUCUAAACUACAGAUCCAUCUUUGCUGUGGAGACCAGUCACUUGGAAGUACAGAAGUACCCUUAACUGGACUCCUGAAAAAGGGGAGUACAGAAAUCAACCAGCGCCCAGUCACAGUCGAGGGUGCUUUUAUUCUUGACCCUCCAAACCGAGCCAAACAAAAGCUUGCGCCUAUCCCUGUGGAGCUAGCCCCGACUGUCGGCGUGUCUGUGGCUCUGCAGAGAGAAGGCAUAGACGCCCAGUCUUUAAUUGAGUUAAAGACCCAGAAUGAACAUGAACUACAGCAUUCAAAGAAGCAAGUUUUAACUCCUAUAAAAGAGAAGACACUCACUGGGCCAAAGUCACCAAGUGUGUCCCCUGUUCCACCUCAAAACCCAUCACCUCCCACAAAAGAUGAUGCAACAGGAAGUGAAGCGGAAAGCUUGCAGUAUGAUAAGGACACAAAACCAAAUCCAAAGGCCGUCGGUCCUUCCAUACCUGCUUCUGUGGCCCAGCCAGUACCCGCAUCCCAUGCUUCAGAAACAGCCUCAGGACAGAAGAUUGCCGUGCCAGCGACAUCACAUCAUUUUUGCUUUUCGAUAGACUUAAGGAGUAUCCAUGAUUUGGAAGUUGGUUUUCCAAUCAACUGUAUAUUAAGGUACUCCUAUCCAUUCUUUGGUAGUGCAGCUCCCAUUAUGACUAAUCCUCCCAUAGAAGUUCGCAAAAACAUGGAGGUUUUUCUUCCACAGUCUUAUUGUGCAUUUGAUUUUGCAACUCUCCCUCAUCAGCUGCAGGAUACCUUCUUAAGGAUUCCAUUGCUGGUUGAAUUAUGGCACAAGGAUAAAAUGAGUAAAGAUUUACUUCUGGGGAUCGCCAGAAUCCAGCUUUCUAACGUCCUGUCUUCAGAAAAAACUCGCUUUUUAGGUUCCAGUGGUGAACAGUGUUGGCGUCAGACUUACAGUGAAAGUGUGCCUUUCAUAGCCGCACAGGGGUCAAACAACAGGAUAAUGGAUCUUUCUUACACCGUAACUCUCGAAGAUUAUGGACUCGUAAAAAUGCGUGAGAUCCUUGUCUCUGAUUCGUCUCAGGCUUUAUCUGCUGUGCAGCAGAAGCCACCUUCUGUUCCUCCGGCACCUUGUCCUUCAGAAGUCCAGUCAGAGCCUCGAGAAACCUUAGAAUACAAAGCUGCUCUGGAGCUGGAAAUGUGGAAAGAGAUGCAGGAAGACAUUUUUGAAAAUCAGCUAAAGCAGAAGGAAUUGGCUCAUAUGCAGGCUCUUGCAGAAGAAUGGAAGAAAAGAGACCGAGAGAGAGAAUCACUUGUAAAGAAAAAGGUGGCUGAAUAUACUGUUCUAGAAGGAAAACUUCAAAAAACCCUAAUUGACUUAGAGAAGCGAGAGCAGCAGCUUGUCCUUGCAGAAUCGGAGGUUCAAAGAGAAAGAAAGGAGCUGAAAUUAGAACGUGAACGGAACCUACAAGAACUUCAGGACUCUAUCCGGAGAUCCAAGGAGGAUUGUGCGCAUCAAGUUGAACUCGAGAGGUUGAAGAUGAGACAGCUCGAGGAGGACAAACUCCGACUGCAGCAGCAGCUUAAUGAUGCUGAAAAUAAGUACAAGAUUUUGGAAAAAGAGUUUCUUCAGUUCAAGGAUCAGCAAAGCAACAAACCAGAAAUCCGUCUACAGUCUGAAAUAAAUCUUCUCACCUUGGAAAAGAGGGAGCAAGAAAGUCAAAUGGCUCAUCUGAAAAAACAGCAAGAAGAGCUGGAACAGAUGCGACUACGCUACCUGGCUGCUGAGGAAAAAGAUACGGUGAAGGCCGAGAGACAGGAAUUGCUGGAUAUCAGAAACGAAUUAAACAGGUUAAGGCAACAAGAACAGAAACAGUACCAGGAUUCCAGAGAGAUUGCGAGCGGAAAACUGGACAGCCCGCGUGGCAAUGCCCUGGAAGAGGGUUUGGAUGAUUAUUUGACGCGACUCAUAGAAGAAAGGGAUACUUUGAUGAGGACGGGUGUGUAUAAUCACGAGGAUCGAAUAAUAAGUGAACUAGACCGACAGAUCAGAGAGGUUUUGGCAAAAAACAAUGCCAGUAAUUAAUACCAUUUGGAAAAUCUUUACAGAGACUCCAGGCCUGAAUAUUAAUUUCAUUGUAAAACCCUCGAAAGAAGGGAAAAUGGAUAUUUUAAAACCAAUUUUCAAUUUUUUAUAAGCAAAAUUUUGUAUGUUACUGUACAGUAUUUAUUUGACUUUAUUUACUUUAUGCUACCUCUCCCACUCUGGUUUUAUUUGUAAUUGCAUUUUAUAUACUCAUUUUAAAUGACUUUUCAGUGUUUCUCAUAAUUUAUAAUUUCCUGGCUAACUUUCCCAGCAGCUUUUCACGAGAUUUGUCCUUAGAGAAAUGACUGCAGUAAUUUUUCACAUUGAGCCGAAAGAGUAUAUGUUGCACUUUAAAAAUGCUGCAUCCUAUUCAUUUGAAUAUGGCUAUCUUGAAAGUUGAGGCCAACUGUAAAUAAUUUAUUUUACUUUAGACAGCCUUUGUUUUUAACUUGUAAUAUUGGACAAGUUUGAAAACAGAAAGCAAGAUCAGUGCAGAGAAGCGCUAGGCUCUAUUGAAUGACAACCUAGGCAUUUAUUUAAAUAAAGUUCAUACAGAAUAAACUUGUUUCCACACCCAUCGAAUUUCCAAAUUUUCACUGUGCUCCUAACUUUUAGGAAGAUGCAAGUCACAGUUUAAAAAGAUGCUUGUCUGCCCACUCAUGCCCCAGAUUGUAUUUUGAUUUCUUGAAAACCCAAACCCUCUGUAUUGUAACAGACACAAAGGCUUCUGCUGAGAAAGAAGAGGGAGGAACCACUAUUUUUUUACUCCCCCUAAUUUUGAUCAGUUGGAUGUUAAAGUACACGAGAUGCAGUCACUGGGGUUCGCUAGGAGUGCCCUCCCCUGCCAACUUCUGAGAAUUCCUGCACAGCACGGCUCCCGCCUGGGCCCUUAGGCAGCACCUUUCCACCUCCUUUUCCAGAGUCUGUUAGCCGAUUCACAGAUUACGCAAGUCUUAAAAUAGAAGUAGUUUGCAAUUUCUGAUUCCCAGAUACAAUACGUUUAAGUAGAUUUUAGGAAAUAUAUAGUGUUUACCGAGUACUUCCCUAAAAGCAGAAUAGGCUGGAAACAUGAACAUUUUCUAUUGUUUUCAAGAAGGUGUAUUUUUGGGGGGAAAGCAAAGCCCCGACACGCAUUCUAUGUUUUGUUUUGUUUCCUUCAUAACAAAGUAUUAAUCUUCUAAAAAAAACACCUUAGCAGUACAAUGACAGAGACCGAAAUGACUGAAUGAGAGACUGAUGACUCUGACUCCCAGCAGGAAUGUGAACCGUUCGUUAUGCUUAGACAUUUCUCUCGCUGAUUCUCUGGCCAUACGCACAGAAGCAGGCAUUUCUGUUGCAGGAGGGCGCUGGUGAAAUCCGGCCCCUGGGCCUUCGGGGGCUUGGUGUGCGGCGCGUGACUGUCCUCCGACACUAGAGGGGGCCUCAGAUUUAGAGAAACGAAAAGGACUUUUUUCUCCUCCGGUGUGUGGCUCACGUCGCCCUCUGUAAAGCCAGCUUCUGGCUCUGUAGCUUCAGCAAUAAAAACCAGAAUCCUGCGGA